UCGCGAGUUGUUGGACUCUGUACUCAGUUGUUUGUUAAUUUUAGUUUCGAGUCUUUAAUUAUUAUCAAUCGAUUGGAAAAUGAGUAACGACUCCGAAAUCUACAGCUAUCUUCGAUCAGUUAGCUGCUGCCGGAUCUGCUGUCUUCGGUACUUGAACGGACGAGCCGACGAUUUCCUGAACGUUGAUGAAGGCCUCAAGAAGAGGGACAUCAGCUUGAACAGUACGGAUCCGGAAAACCCACCAAAGCGGAUUCGUGAAAAUGUUUGCGUUGCCUGUCUGGGAGUGUUCGAAUCUGCCUUGAUUGAUUCUCUGCUGGAUCAGAUUCGCUUGAGUAGCGAUUUCAAGGAGUACGAGUGCCAAGGUUUCACCAGCUCUAUCUUCCUACCGAUUGUGUUCCAUCUGCGACAGUUGUCGCUGUGGAUUGGUCUUCUGGAAAAAUUCCCCGAAAAGUUCAAGAAGGAUUCUUCCGCACCGGACGUGACUGUGAAGGAUGCCUUAAAGAUGGUACUGAAUCGAAAGCUGGAAGAGGCUCUGGGGAAGCAAUUUUCUGUUAACGGAGUGGCGAUCAACAUUUACUUCAAGUACGAAAAGGAAACGCAGGAGCUUCAGCUGUUGGAAAAGGUUAAACCGGGUGUAUUUGUCGACCGGAAGUCGCGCAAGCACUGCCGAAAGGAAUUCAUCACUAGAAACGCAUUCGAGAAGCAUUUUACGCCGGAAAGCUUGGACUUGGAGCAAUAUAAGAAGCACAUUUCCGUUCCACCGACGAUUCAGGACGAUUCGAUCGUUUUGGAAAAGAUCAACUUCACCGGUCCAACGAUGUUCCUUGCUGGGAGGUACAAUAAGGUUUCGCGAGAGCUCAGCCAAACGCCGUGGGUGCUUGAUGGUAAGCGGAAAAUGGAGAAUAGCGUGCAGGAGAUAAUGGCCUCCGUGGUGGGUCCGUAUUUUCGAGUACCGGAGAACAGUUUAAUCUUUUCCUCCAGUGGUCGGGAGGAUGUUGACGUCCGAUGCCUCGGCGAGGGUCGGCCAUUCGUGUUGGAGAUUCCAAAUGCGUUCAAGGAUUACCUGGAGGGAUCCACUGCGGGCGAAUUGGAAAAAGCGAUCGAUAAAUCGAAACUGAUUUCAGUGAAAGAUUUGCAGCUGGUGGACAGAGAGGAACUAACCCACAUCAAGCAUGGCGAGGAAAACAAACGGAAGUUUUACCGAGCGCUAUGUGUGCUAGAGAAACCGGUCACACUGGAAGUCUUGAAGGCUCUGAACAUGGAUGAACCAUUUGUCAUUGAUCAGUGGACACCGCUGAGGGUGCUGCACCGACGGCCGUUGCUGUCCCGCCCAAGGACGGUUCACAGUGUGAAGGCAUGCGCGUGCAAAACGAACGAGCGGACGAUCGUCAUUGAUGUUGUGACCCAGGCGGGAACCUACAUCAAGGAACUGGUUCACGGCGACUUUGGUCGGACGAAGCCCAGUUUCAAGAGUAUCAUCGGUCAGGCGAUCGAUAUUCACGCGUUGGAUGUGAUGGCCAUCGAUUUGGAUUGGCCCAAGAGGUUGAGAAGGUGAAUAGUGUGGGGAAAUGACUGCUUGGUUAGUUUCUUCAGUUAUUAUUGUCAGGGGGAGGGGGGGAUGAAGUCCAUUGCAUUUCAUGGUGAUUUACCACCUGACGAUAAAGGUACGCAAAGAAAUUGAUGAAAUCGUAAAACGUCCUAUUAUAAUACUACUCAUAGACGCAUAACAGUCCCAUUCGAAUAGGAAAUCAAGAGCAAAGAUGUGACUGUUAUGCUUUCAUUGGCUGUAUAUGACUUGAUGA